CAAAAAAUAACGCUACGUCACGAUGUAGAAGUGUCGACACCGAUCGACGUUCCAUUCCAAAUGAAAAAGAUGAUGCGUUGUUUGCAGUCAGACGAGCCGAGUAAAAUCAUAGCCCAUCCUGCACAAUUUAAGUGCAAUAUAGUGGCUCAUUAUGACAGUCCGACGCCUCGCGCUCCUCCCACUAUAAACGGUGGGGGGGACGUGGGCGUCAGAUUUAAUCGAAAUUUAUCUUUUGUCGCCGACACGAAUGGAAUUAUUAUUAUUAUCUUACUGUGCCGGAGCCGGCGGAGGGAGUGAAGCCGAGCCCAGCGCGGUACUCUUAUCACUUUACUGCGCGGCGGGGUAGUACCUUAACCAAUAUAUCGACUUUGCAAAGAACAAGAACGCAAAGUCGUUAUUUGUUGAAGACGAAAAUAAACUUUUACUUUGACCACCGCCCAGCCCAUUACCUAAAAUGAGAACCCCCUUGGGCAAAACCAAAAAAGCAUCAAUUAAAACUAACGCUGCGCAUCGCAUCGAAGAAAGUGAAGGGGUGCAAACUUGUAGAGAACGCCGCUAAGCAGUUACAGUAGUAGUAUGAGCCAGCGAACAUGAACAAAAAGAGCUUAAAGUAGUAUGUAGCAUGUCAUUAUCCUUAUCUAUCACAAAGGUUGUCGUUUUUUGUAUAAUUGUGAUGGUGAAGCAAAGCGGCCGUUCCCUGUUGCUGUUCUGUAUGAUUUCACUGACAUCAGAUUAGCAUGCGCGACUUCUGCUCUAGAGUUCACCGUCGGUUGUGAGAUCGAAGGUCGAC